AUGGACGAACGAGAAGGAACUUUUUCGGCUGACGUGAUAGAGAAAACACGUAAAGUUCUUAAGGAAAGGUUGUCGGGACACGCUAUACCGGAGGUGUUAGUGGGCCUGGAGGAACAGUAUGGAGAAUUUUUUGACCUUCUGAAUCGAAAUGUUUCAUUGGGAGAGAGCAACACUUGUAUACUCAUCGGACCUUCCGGUUGUGGAAAAACUAUGUUACUCAAAAAGGCAUUAAGGUCCUUGGAAGGAAUCCACGGGGAUGAUUUUGUGUGUGUGUAUGUGAACGGAUUAUUUCAUACAUCCGAUCUGAUGGUGCGCCAGCAAAUCGCUCUUCAACUUGGACAGCAGAUCAAGAAUUUUAAGUCGGAUGGAGACGCAUACAAUUUGUUAAAGUCCGGAACCAGCGGCAACAAAUCUAUAUUCUUGAUAAUUUAUAACUUCGACGCAUUCGCAAAACACUGCAGUCAAUCUUUCGUAUAUAACAUAUUUAAUAUCGCCACAAGUAAAAAUUGUCCUAUUUCGGUGAUUGGCAUCACGCGGAAUGUGAAUGUUUUCAACGAGCUCGCCCAGAACGUUCUGUCAAGGAAUUCUCAUUGUCACAUCGACGUGGACCGACCUGAGAGCGUCGAACAGUUUUCCGAGGUGAUCAAAGUGGUUUUGAGGUUAAACGAGGAUGUAGUCGGUGACGCCGAGUAUUGCAAGAUGUUUAAUGAGAUUGUCGAGCUAACCGAACCUCUCGUGAAUAUUUGGGUAGGAUUGACUCAGAACCAAUUUUGGUUGUUGCUCGCCAUCAACUCGUUGUUUUUCCGGGACUGUCAGGUGUUUAAUUUCAUCAUGGUUUACGACGAGUACCGGAAUUACAUGAAGGCGUGCACGAGGAAGUCGGGUAGUAACUUCCGAAUGAAGGUGUGCAAAGAACACGUUGCUCUCGCCGAAUUCGAAUUUUUGCAGUCACGAGGAUUCUUGCAACGAAUCGACGAGGGUAAAUCGCAACCGAAGCAAUACCGAAUGAUGAAGUCGCUGAUUCUGCCAGAACAGAUUAAAGAGGCCAUCACCACAAAUCCGCAAUGUUCUUCGGCAAUGAAAGAUUGGGCCGCCCGAAGCCUCACGGAUUAG